AUGAACAAUUACUCGGAUGAUGUUGCGCCAGAUAUUGACAGUAUCGUUGACAGUGGCAGUAGACUCACGACUGUUGAUCGGGAUGAGUGGCUAAAGUGGACUGGUGCUCCGGAUGGUCGCGGAUCUCGAAUUGCUCUGUUGUUGCGACUUCCUGAUGGCAGUCGUCAGUUUUUGGAGAUGGAAGAUACAACAACGCUUAAGGCUGUUUUCAUCUUCGUGGCCAGUCUUGGAUUUUAUCCAUCGGACCAUCAGCUGGUACUGGACUAUCCGAAACGUGUUUACACGGAUGCGGACCACUAUCGUACACUUCGCGAACUUGAAUUCAGCAAGAGAGAGCUGGUUCAUUUGGAACGAAAAUGA